AUAUCAUCUCUUUCAUGCUCUUGAGCUUUAACUCUUUGAAAGUCCAAGUCCUAUUUCCCAUUUUUCAUUGAUCAUGAAAGCCACGCCUGUCCAUUCCCAAACCCAUUAUGAUCACCUUAGAAUACGCCUUGCAGAUAUACAAAAAGCAACUGACAACUUUUCAGAAGCCCGUCGUAUUGGGGGAGGUGGUUUUGGUGAAGUCUAUCAGGGUGAACUCAUCCAUCAUUCACGGAGUCAAACCCUUGCUUUCAAACGAUUAAAUCGCAAACACGGGCAAGGAACACGUGAGUUAUGGAAUGAGAUCUACAUGCUUUCUGAAUACAAGCAUCCUAACAUCGUAUCACUCUUAGGGUUUUACGAAGAUAAUAUGGAGGGGAUUCUCGUUUACGAGUACGCAUCUAGAAGUGGUCUGGACAUUUAUCUCAACAAAAAAGAACUAGAUUGGCGUCAACGACUUACGAUAUCCAUUGGGGCGGCUUCUGGACUCGCGUACCUUCAUAGUGGUGGCGUUGAUGGUACCCUACAAAAAAUAAUUCAUCGCGAUGUUAAAAGUUCUAACAUCUUACUCGACAAUGAAUGGAAUGCGAAGAUCUCUGAUUUUGGUCUCUCUAAAUUUGCUCCGGCGAACAAGAACAUCUCGAUUAUUCACACCGGUGCUGUAGGCACAUUGGGGUAUUGUGAUCCGCUGUAUGUAGAGUCCGGGAGCCUAACAAAGGAGUCAGACGUUUACUCGUUUGGGGUAGUGUUGUUUGAGGUUUUGUGUGGGAGGUUAUGUAUUCCUAGUAAUCACAAACAGGGUGAAAAUUUUAUUGAGUGGGUGAAAAAUUCUUACCAACAACAAACUCUAAAUGAUAUUAUCUGUCAUCAUCUCCUACAUGAAAUAAGACCAGAAUCAAUGAAGGUAUUUACAGAAAUUGCUUAUCAGUGUUUGAAUAAAAACCGAAAGGAACGUCCAUCAAUGAAUAAUAUCGUGGAAGCACUUAAAAAGGCACUCGACUAUCAACUUUCUCCGAACAAAGCAUAUGACCCUGAAACCAUACUUUCCCAAAGAAAGAUUAAUCUACCUCAUAUGUGUAAUGCUGCCCUUGCAUUAGAUUCUUCUAUUGUUGAUGUUGAACAACUUAAUAAUCUUUUGAAAGUAUUACCUACAAGCGAAGAAAGGGAUAUGCUAAAGGGCUACACGGGAGACAAGAAAAUGGUUGGAGAGCGUGGUCAGUUCAUCCUGGAGUGUAUGAAGAUCCCAAGGAUAGAGGCGAAACUACGACUGCUCAAACUAAGAAUUUCUUUUACUAAUCAGAUUAAUGAAAUUACAGGAAACCUGAAAAUAAUUAAAGAGGCUACUAAAGAGAUACGGGAAUCAAUAAAGCUGGCUAGCAUAAUGAAGGAAUAUGAUCAGAUAUUACAACGGAAUCAAAGAGGACACCUUGGUGGACUUUGGUUUAACAAUAUUCGGAAACCGAAGGAGACAGAUAUGUUUCUUUUAUACAAGGAGGGUGACGAGAAGAAUGCAGCUUGGUUUGAUUUUGACAAGGAUCUAGUUAACUUAGAUGCUGCCUCUAAGAUAAAAAUUCAAGAUCUGCGUGAAUCCAAGUCUACCAUAGUCAAAGAAGUUAAGAUGGCUCAACAAGAACUCAAUUCUUCCGCCAGUGAUGGUGGUGUAUCUCCUGAAUUCCAGGAGGUCUUGAAGACCUUUCUUUAUGAUGCCGAACAACACCCAUCUCUUACCUACUUCUUUGAUGGUGUGGACAAAGAUACAGACUUACUUGUGCAAUAUUUUCGGGGGGCUCCCAAAGAUCAGUCCUUCACAGAAGUAUUAGGUUUCAUAGGGGUGUUUAUUCAGUUGUUCAAGUCGCAACAUAAUGCUGUGGAAAAAGAGAAGCGUGAAAGACAAAAGGAGGCUGAUCGUAUUAGAAGGGAGGAGGAAUUUGCUGCAGAACCUGUCACCUUAAAGGUGUUUGUGUUGUUGACUGUAGCAGUAGUAAAGACAUUUGAUUGUUUUUUCAAACCAUUGUAAAUAUCCAUGUUUCAUAAUCAUUUUCCCUUGCUUCUUCAUUAAGCAACAAUUAAUAUAUACAUAUACAUA